CUCCUUGCAGCGCAGCGCCGACGCUCUAUCUUCCUCGCAGCCCCGCUCAGGCUCGGUCCUCAGCGCAGAUCCAGUCUCGGCGGUCCCAGGUCGGAUCUUCCGCGCGUCGUCCAGCGGAAGAUCCCAGUCUCGGCGGCGGCCCCUCGACGGCGUCCAGCGACGGAGAGGCAGUCCCAGUCUCGGCGGCGGCGUCGGCGGCUCCCCCUCCCGCCUCUCGCCAGUCGCCUCCGUCCUCCGCGCACCGGCCGGCGACCCUGGGCGACCCAGUGGUGUUCUGGUGCGGUUUCGUUGCGGGAAUCGUUGGGUGAUUUCCAGCGGGCGGGCGGGCGGCGGUCCCCGGUGGCGAAGAUGAUCCGACUACCGACGUACGCGGCGUUCAGCCUGCUGGCGACGGCGUCGGCGGCGUACUACGCGUUCAGCAGCCGGGAGCAGUUCUACCCGGCGAUGGUGUACCUCUCCACGUCCAAGAUCUGCUUCGUGCUGCUCCUCAACACGGGCCUCGUCGCCAUGUGCGUCGCCUGGCAGCUCGCCAGGCGCCUCUUCCUCGGCCCGCUCCGGGAGGCUGAGGUCGAGCGCCUCAACGAGCAGUCCUGGCGGGAGGUCAUCGAGAUCCUCUUUGCUGUCACCAUCUUCCGGCAGGACUUCUCGGUGUCCUUCCUCGCCAUGGUCGCCGCGCUGCUCCUCGUCAAGGCGCUGCACUGGCUCGCGCAGAAGAGGGUCGAGUACAUCGAGACCACCCCCUCGGUGCCCUUGCUCUCGCACGUCAGGAUCGUCUCCUUCAUGGUUUUCCUGCUCACCGUCGACUGCCUCUUCCUGUCUAACUCGCUCAGGUCACUCAUACAGAAGCGGGAGGCAUCCGUUGCCAUCUUCUUCUCCUUUGAGUAUAUGAUAUUAGCAACAUCCACAGUAUCAACAUUCGUGAAGUAUAUAUUCUAUGUCAGUGACAUGCUAAUGGAAGGCCAAUGGGAGAGAAAGGCAGUGUAUACAUUUUACUUGGAGCUCAUCAGUGACCUUGUGCACUUGUCCUUAUACAUGCUCUUCUUCAUAGCUAUCUUCCUGAACUACGGUGUCCCACUGCACUUGAUUCGUGAGCUAUAUGAGACCUUCCGCAACUUCAGAAUCCGCAUUGCAGAUUAUGUGCGCUACAGAAAGAUCACUUCCAACAUGAAUGAACGCUUUCCAGAUGCUACAGCAGAAGAGCUCGAUGCGAGCGAUGCUACAUGUAUUAUUUGCCGUGAGGAGAUGACUACAGCAAAGAAACUGCUCUGCGGGCAUCUGUUCCAUGUGCAUUGUCUAAGGUCUUGGCUAGAGCGCCAGCACACUUGCCCUACAUGCAGAGCUCCAAUCAUUCCCGCAGAUAAUGGACGCGCUGCAUCAGCACGACAACAUGGAGCUCAAGCUGGAGUUCAGCCUGCUGCAGGUACUGCUACUCCAUCCUCAGAAGGAGCACCAGGUGAGAACAUAAGCAGGCGCCAAGCAAAACUUGAAGCUGCUGCAGCGGCAGCUUCUUUAUAUGGAAGAUCUUUUGUUUAUCCUCCAGCAAACACCCUAAACAGCAGGUCUGGUCCUCCCCAGUCUACAUCAAGCACACCACAAUCUGAAGCAAGUAGCUCCAAUCAGUCACAAAAAGACCAAGAAAUGCAGUUACAAAACAGCAGUGACGGUUUAGUGCCUCUGCAUGUUAAUGCAAAUGGUGCUGUUGGUUCAGGAACAAGCACAAGGGAUCUUGAAAAUUCAUUGCAGAAGGCACAAGAAAACUUUAUUAAGAGCCAGAUUGAGAUGUUACAAAUCCAACUGCAAAUGGUGCAGCGUGGUGCUGCUGCGUCGGCCAGUAACAAUGGGAAUGCUGAACACAGAAAGAAUGACUGAAUCUGUAAACAGGCGCUUCUGCAUCGUGGAGUAAUAAUGAGAAUGCUGAGCACAUAGAGAAUAGCUGAAUCUGUAAAUAGGCGGAGAUGAGGAAGGGAUAAAAGAGAACAAAAAUUGGUGGUACCUGGGGGAUAAACUAUUACAUGAUACCUUGCCUUGAAUUUGUUAGGCUUGUUAAUUUAAACUUCUCUGUUAGUGCCUUCUUGCCAGCACUAGACGUUUCUUCUUUGUCAUGUGUGGUGGUUUCUGUAGUUUGGGUACAUCAAGCCUGUAUAAUACCUUUUGAUGGGAGAACAAUGGCUGGUUUAAUCAUGAGACUACACAGAAUUCUUCUACCAAGGGAAAAUAUAUAUGACUUUUUUCUUGCCAA